AUGGCGCAACCCACCACCGCGACUGGCGAAGCCGAGGUGCAGGCGUUCCUGGCCCGGCAUCCCGAGAUACUCGUCGGCCGCGAGGCGCACGAAAAGGCCGAGGAGGACGCGGGCGGAGACACCUUUUCCAUCGUCAACAAGCCGUUUGACAACGUCGUCAUGUAUCAAAACUUCAACGCCGACACCCUGGAGCGCGUCUCGGUCGCCGUCUUGAUCGACGACCAAAAGGCCCUCGACUACUACAAAAAGUACAACAAGGACGACGCGGAGCCGGAGCCCGAGGCCAAGAGCUGCCCGGGUUGCGGCGCCGGGUCCAGCCGCGCAGGCCUCGAGGGCCCGGAGCGGUUCUUGAUGGAGCGUGUGGUCAAGUGUACGUGCCCGAAAGCACCGGCAGGGCGCAUGUGGUCAGCAUAG